GACGUUUCUCAGGUCAUCCCCAUCUCUGUCAAGAACUCAGAUCUUCUUAACUCGGUCGUGCGAAGUCUCGGUCUACAUGAUUUCUAUCAGUUUGGACUAUGGAACUUUUGCGAGGGUUAUCUCGAUGAGGGAGUCACUUAUUGCUCUAAGCCAAAGGCCUUCUACUGGUUCAACCCCGUUGAGAUCCUAGUUAGCGAACUGCUUGCGGGUGGCCAGAUUGCGCUCCCGUCUCAGGUCGUCACCGUCUUGAAACUCCUCGAGAUUGGCUCUAAAAUCAUAUACGCUUCCUUUAUGGCCGGCAUCUGCGUCAACUUUGUCCUCAUGCUCCUCAGCUGCCUUGUCGUACGCACCUGCUGGUGGGGUCUGGUACUUUCUAUCAUCGGCGCUAUCGCCGCCAUUCUUGUCUCUCUCGUCGCUGUCAUCGCGACCGUCAUUAGCAUUGCCGCCAAAGUCGCUCUGACGGCACAGAACCAGCUCAACAUCAAGGCCAACAUCGGUGUUAAGAUGUUUGCCUUCAUGUGGAUCGCCGCCGUCUUUACCGACGUCGCCUUCCUGCUCCAUGCUAUCAUGGGGUGUUGCUGGACACCUGACCGACGACAAACUUCCUCAGAGACGCAACCCUCC